AUGCAUAUGCCCGGGACGCACAUACUGUGGAUGGAGCGAGUGAUCAGGCUCACGGAGGUUCUGCAGCCGAGAAUGCGGAGAUGCAACGAGGAGGCCACCGGCCGUCGUCAACGCUGCGGAGACCUCCAAGAGGCCAUUGAACACUUGGGCGAAGCCCGUGCAAAAGCAGCCGAGGAGGUGGGUGGCCUCUCAAAGAGGCAGCUCUCCGAGAUCCGGCGACUCCUAAGGAGUCCGCCAGAACCGGUGAAGCGCACCUUAGCAGCCUGCUGGCUGCUAUUGCACUGCCAGCGCUUCAAAGAUAAGCCCAGUGCUGUUCGCUUUGAUGAGAAGACGGAUUGGCCGCGGUGCCAACGAAUGUUGGUCGAUGAGGUCCCAAGCGUCCCGGCCUGUGUGGCGCAGAGCUUGGGAAUUGCUGAUGCAGGUGCUCCAAAGGUGCGCCCUGCACUGCGGCGAAGCGCCACAGUCCCGGUGAAGCCGCAGCCUCCCUUGGACAUUGCGGCCGUGCUCCGAGCCUCGGAGCCCUGCGGCCCCUUGUUGCACUGGGUGCAGGCGCUGAUUGUCGAGCACACCGAGCGGAUAAAGCUCCAAGCAGAGUUGACAGAGGCAGUUGCGGCCAGAACAAAGGCAGAAUCAAGCGAAGCGGAGGCUGAAGCAGAUCUUGCAGAAGCUGAGGCAUUGCUGGGUCGCUUGCGAGAGGCGCUUGCCAGCCAGGAAGCUGCACUGGAACAGCUAGCUGCCGAGAAGAUGGCGGCUGAGAAGGCUUUGCGUGAUAUCCGUAGACUUGACAGCAUCGCUGUCCCCACCAAAGCGCCGAAAGUGUCGGAGUCACCCAAGGCGUCACCAGAGAAGAAGGCAGAGAAGAUACCGAUUCCCAUCGAGCUGACCUUCUUUGUGAUGCAGAGCUUUCAGGAGCCACCUCGUCGAAGCACCUUGGGCGCGCCAAGGAAAGGAUGGGCCGACAAAGAUUGGAAUUGGGGCUCCCCGUUCGGGACAGCCCAUGACGAGGCUAUGGCACUUCGUGAACGCUUGGACACUCGGGAGCAGCGUGAAACUUGGCUCAAGCGAUUGGAGUCGGGGCAGGUGGAUGUGGAGGAGAUGAAGUUGGCUCUGGGACUGCGCAUUCAACACGCCGCCCGACAGGGUCUUGAUGGCGAUGGUGCUGGGUGGGCGCUCAUGCAGGAUAUGGCCGCUUGCAAAUAUGAGGGGUCUGAUGGCCAAAAGCUUUUGAAGGAGGACCUGGAUCAGUUGACAAAAGUGAUCACAGGGACCAGUUCCUCCUCGUCUGUGGAAUCCAGUGGAGCUUCUGCGCUGAUGUCAAUGCGCUUCUUGGAAGGUGGCCUUUAG